GGGGGGGUGGGGGGGAGAAAAAGAGACGAUUCCUUCCAAUCCAACAAGCCUGGGGAGCACUGCAUUCUUGAAUCCUGCAUUUUCUCUCAAAAUGAUGGUGUGGGCACUUCUGUUCCUCUCUCUCAUCCAGUGUUCCAUCCAAAAGGGAGAUGAUGAUUACGAAGAUUACACUUCAAAUAAGACUUGGGUUUUGACUCCCAAAGUCCAUGAGAGUGAUGUCACUCUUAUUUUAAAUGGCUUGCUGGAAGGAUAUGACAACAAAUUGAGACCUGACAUAGGAGUCAAACCGACAAUAAUUCACACUGACAUGUACGUAAAUAGCAUUGGGCCUGUGAAUGCUAUCAAUAUGGAAUAUACAAUUGAUAUAUUUUUCGCCCAAACGUGGUAUGACAGACGUCUGAAGUUCAACAGCACUAUAAAAGUGCUCAGAUUAAACAGCAACAUGGUUGGGAAGAUCUGGAUACCAGACACAUUUUUCCGAAAUUCCAAGAAAGCUGAUGCUCAUUGGAUAACAACUCCUAACAGGAUGCUCAGGAUCUGGAACGACGGCAGAGUGUUGUACACACUGAGACUGACAAUUGAUGCUGAGUGUCAGCUACAGCUACACAACUUCCCAAUGGAUGUCCAUUCCUGCCCCUUGGAAUUUUCAAGCUAUGGCUACCCAAGAGAAGAGAUCAUUUACCAAUGGAAACGCAGCUCAGUGGAAGUGGGAGACACCAGGUCCUGGAGACUUUACCAGUUCGCCUUUACAGGAUUAAGAAAUACAACUGAGGUGGUGAAGACAACUUCAGGAGACUAUGUAGUCAUGUCUGUUUACUUUAACCUGAGCAGGAGAAUGGGUUAUUUCACUAUUCAGACCUACAUUCCUUGCACACUUAUUGUUGUGUUGUCCUGGGUCUCUUUCUGGAUUAACAAGGAUGCGGUUCCAGCCAGAACAUCAUUGGGUAUUACAACUGUCCUGACAAUGACCACCCUAAGUACAAUUGCCCGUAAAUCUCUUCCCAAAGUCUCCUAUGUGACAGCAAUGGAUCUUUUUGUGUCAGUCUGCUUUAUUUUUGUUUUCUCUGCACUGGUGGAAUAUGGAACUUUGCACUACUUUGUCAGCAACAGAAAGCCAAGCAAGGACAAAGACAAAAAGAAGAAAAAUCCACUUCUUCGGAUGUUUUCCUUCAAGGCACCUACAAUUGACAUCCGGCCUCGAUCGGCUACUAUUCAAAUGAACAAUGCUACACACCUCCAAGAAAGGGAUGAAGAAUAUGGGUAUGAGUGUCUUGAUGGCAAGGACUGUGCCAGCUUUUUUUGCUGCUUUGAGGAUUGCCGAACAGGAGCGUGGAGGCAUGGAAGAAUACACAUCCGCAUUGCCAAAAUGGACUCCUAUGCCCGCAUCUUCUUCCCAACUGCCUUCUGUUUGUUUAACCUGGUGUAUUGGGUAUCAUAUCUUUACCUUUAAAAGUAGAAGGAAAUCAGUGAUACGAGCCUUAUUCACUGAAUUUCUUAGAGAGAUGGUUACCUAAGUCCACUUGAAGAAUUAAAUAUGCGCUUUAUAGUGGUCUGAAUUCUUUAGUGCCAUAACCCGUUAAAUACCAAUCAUAUCAUCUGUCUAAAAAUUGCCAUCAGGUCAUUGUGAAUUAAAUGUCCAUUCAACAUGCCAAAAUAAUUUGAAAUAGAAAUUGUAUAAAUAGGUAAUAUACAGCUAUACCUGCUGGAAUAGAAAGAAAUAAAGCAGACAGGACAAGGAAAGCAUGGCAACAUCACUUAAUAGUGAUUUCAAGCAGGAGUGAGAGAGGGGAAGUUUCCCAGGUAAAGUGCUGUACAGUUUGUUAACACUGGCUAUAAUUACACUAUAGCUUUAUUCUCUGUGAGGUUUGCUUUUUGGGAAGAGUCAUCUUUCACUUUGAAUAGGUAUUAUUAAACUCAGAAAGUUAACUUCUACUCCCACCAAGAUAAAAAUAGACAUCCCCCUUUGCCAUCCCUUUAAGAGCACAUGUACAAUGCUGUAAAUAUUUCAAGACCUUGUAGUACAUAAAGUUUAGUGCAUGCAUCUUUUGGGGGCCAAAAUAAAUGAAACAAAGGUACCAUAAAGUUUUGUCUUUUAUUUUGUGUCUCUGGAUGUGCUAUAGUAAUUGAAAUGUGGGCAUUUUUUUCCUUGAAAAAUUACCCCUUUCCCUCAAUGCAUGGAAGAUCCAAGCAGACAGCACUUUCAUGUAAGACAUUAGAGAAGCCUUAAGGAUUCAAAUAAAUAACAAGUAGACAAAUCUGUAUGGCCAAUAUAAUAGCUCAUAAGAUAUACUGUAUGUGUCUGCUGCAAAUGUAGCCUUCAUUUCCCAUUGACAAUGUUGCUAUAUUUCAACUGAAUUUCCAGUAAUUAUACAUUGCAAGAUCAGCUUCUGUGUUCUUGUUCUUUUCCCACAUGGAGCAAUCCUUUCUCCUUCUACAAGUGUUUGUGGGUUUGUCUGUUUAUUCUUAAUUCAGUUCAGGACAUAGCUUUUAUUCUAGACAUUAUUUUUGCAUAAAGCUUCAAGUUCAUUUUGAAACAUUAGAUAUACACAUAUAGGUUGGACUGGAUGAUCUUGGAGAUCUCUUCCAACCUGGUUGAUGCUAUGAUGUUAUUCUCUACUCAUUCAUGUCCUGGAUCAGCAAUAGUUGUUGUCAGUGCUGCUUUUCACUCAGUGAGUACCUUUACUAAAACCAACCUUUACCAUGGCUAGCACACGGUUUAUAGGCAGCCUUGAAAAUAAAAGAGACAAACUGUGUCUCGAUGACUAAAUCACAUGUAUGCAGUACAUCUGUAUUUAAAACCUUCAACCCACCUAGGUGAACCUUUAAAACUGUCUAUCCACUGGUUUUCAGGACCUGUAUGAUGCUCAAUUAUGCAACCUCCAGCACAUGUAAAUAUGAUUGAGGUUUUUAUUUUCCUUUUUUUUUUCCUUAACUUUCAAAGAUGUAAAAUGUCACCUCCAGGAAAGUGGGCUUGCAGACUGAAAAGGGAGAUAUCUAACUUAUCACUGCAGAAUUAUGAGUAGCUAAAAUACAGGAACAGGAAAGUUUUCCAAUGUUUGUAUAGUUUUGGAAAUAAAAAUGUAUUAAAAAAGGAAUAAAUCUUGUUCAUCAGUUGCUCCUUGUCCAAUGUAUUUGAAAACAUUUUAAUAAAGGAAUUGCACACACCUGUGACUUUUUCAAUAAAACUGCUGCACUCAA